AUAUUGGAAAGCUACAGACAGGUGAUUUUCAUUAGGGUUGGAGUUACCCAGAACUCCAAUUUGAUCUUUAAAAACGCAUUUUCAAAAAGUGCUUUAAACUCUUUUGAUAGCGUUUGUUGUGGGACUCAGAGGGUAUUUUGAUGCAGAAACAGGGUUUUCCUUUGUAGUUUUGUGGACCUCACUGUCCGCCUCUGCCGAUUCACUAAUUCAGUGCAUCUUCCAGCAGAGUUGAUUGUGAGAUCGCAGGUCGAGAGGAUGACAGCUCAAGUGUGCUGCUUGUUUAGUGUGGUUUUAUUGUGUUUGUCUGCUUGUUUGAGUACAACACACGCUGGAGUCUUAGUGUCCGGUCAGUGUCCGGCUACGCUGACUGUCGUGCCGUCCCGUCGAGGAUGCACUUCUGAUCGAGACUGCUCUGGAGGACACAAAUGCUGUCAAUUUCACUGUGGGCGCUCGUGUGUGCCGCCUGUUUUCACAAAGCCAGGAGAGUGUCCAAGCAAAAAGUUUGGUGCAGGAACGUGUGCCAAGUUGUGUUACUAUGACAGUGACUGUCCGAACAAUGAGAAAUGCUGCAGCAAUGGAUGUGGACAUCAGUGCAUGGCUCCAUUUGCAGUGAAGCCUGUAGCCGAACCGCCAAAGCCUCCAGUGAAGCCUGCAGGUGAACCACAGAAGCCUGCAGUGAGGCCUGCAGCCGAACCACCGAAGCCCUCCGACGAACUGCCCGAGCCUUCCGACGAAUUACCGGAGCCUUCCGACGAGUUACCGGAGCCUUCCGAUGAGCUGCCUGCUGCCGAACCCGGAAGGCCUCCUGUGAAGCCUGUAGCCGAACCACCAAGGCCUUCCGACGAGCAGCCCGAGCCUUCGGACGAACUGCCCGAGCCCUCCGAACUACCGGAGCCUUCCGACGAACUUCCCGAGCCCAUUGCAGCUGAACCCGGAAGGCCUCCUGUGAAGCCUGCAGUCGAACCCGGAAGACCUCCUGUGAAUCCUGCAGUCAAACCUGGAAGGCCUCCUGUGAAUCCUGCAGUCAAACCCGGAAGGCCUCCUGUGAAGCCUGUAGCCGAACCUCCAAGGCCUUCCGACGAGCAACCCGAGCCUUCGGACGAACUGCCCGAGCCCUCCGAACUACCGGAGCCUUCCGACGAACUGCCCGAGCCCCCUGCAGCCGAACCCGGACGGCCUCCUGUGAAGCCUGCAGCCGAACCCGGAAGGCCUCCUGUGAAGCCUGCAGCCGAA